UUCUUUGUCACUGUCUCCUCACUUCCAUAUAUGCCUUAGAACAAGAGGAACUUUGUAAGGGACUGGGGACUCCCUUGGCCCGGGGAUUUGCUAGCAUAAUGGGGACCAUAGGCUGGGAUUUCAAGAGCGAGUUGUUCGUCCUGGGAAUGCGCCCGGAGGCGCCCCACCACCACCUCUCAGAGUCCCAAAGCUCCUUUUAGCCCGAAAGACUCGGAUCCCGGGCAGGAGGUAAUGGAGAGCGGGUACGUGUGGUAAGAUGCACAGUUUUGAGGGACUGGGAGCUUUGGAGCAGAGCCCCAAACGCCCCUACCCUCCCCUCCCCCCUCGCUGCAGCUGUGGCAUGCCUGGCUUUCUCGGAAAGAGGACCCCUCUCCUUCCUCUCCUCCUCCUCCCCUAGUUCCUGCAAGCUCAAGGGAACCCGAGAAGCAUUGGGGCGAUAGGGGCUCCAGGCGGGAGGGACUGGGGGGAAUGGGUCGGAUCUCACUGGGGAAUCCUCAGUGACAGUAGGGAGCGGCACUUGAGGCGCCAGCAGAGUGGUGCCCUGCCCCAGGGAGGACACCCACAGCGACCGGGAGGCCCGGAGGGCUCACAUGGCUGCGGAGUCGGGCCCACGUGCUGCGUUUGUUUUCAUUCAGCAGAAGCCGUGGCCGCCACCCCAUUGGUCGUUGCCUUCCGGCCCCGUUACAUAAUGAGCUCCGCCCCCCCGGGUCGCCCCGGCAACGCGUGUUCCCUUCUCUCCUCCCCUCAGUUGCCCCGGCCCGGCUGGCGUUUGGGGCCCAGCCCAGGACCCGGAGGCCCGGGAGGGGCGGGACGGGGGCGGGGCUGCUGCUCCCGAUUGACGGGAAGGGGAGAGGGCGGGGCCCCGAGUUCCGGGGUUCCUCGUUGGGGAGCCACGUGCAGGAGGCACACGUGGAGUGGGGACGUGAGGCCGGCUGAGGGCCCGGCUCCCGCCCCGCCCCGCCAAGAUCUGGGUGAAGCUGGGCUGACUCACCGCCCCCGCCUGCCUCCUUUUCCUGUCCGCCUGCCUGGGGCCCCCUUUCUCCCCAUCACCGAAGCAGAGUAAGAUGGAGCCAUCCGUGACCUCUCGUGGCCUCAUGUUUACACUCCUCAAUGGUGGUGUCAUCACCUACAUUGGCUCCAGCGGCUCCUCCCCAAGCCGCACCAGCCCUGAGUCUCUCUACAGCGACAGCUCAAAUGGCAGCUUCCAGUCCCUGACUCAAGGCUGCCCUGCCUACUUCCCACCGUCACCCACGGGCUCCCUCACCCAGGACCCAGCUCGCUCCUUUGGGAGCAUUCCACCCAGCUUAAGCGAUGAUGGCUCCCCUUCUUCAUCUUCCUCAUCAUCGUCCUCCUCCUCCUUCUAUAAUGGGAGCCCCCCAGGGGGUCUACAAGUGGCCCUGGAAGAUAGCAGCCGAGUGUCCCCCAGCAAGAGCACCAGCAACAUCACCAAGCUGAAUGGCAUGGUGCUCCUGUGUAAAGUGUGCGGGGACGUGGCCUCGGGCUUCCACUACGGCGUGCAUGCCUGUGAGGGCUGCAAGGGCUUUUUCCGUCGGAGCAUCCAGCAGAACAUCCAGUACAAAAGGUGUCUGAAGAACGAGAAUUGCUCCAUUGUCCGCAUCAAUCGGAACCGCUGCCAACAGUGUCGCUUCAAGAAGUGUCUCUCCGUGGGCAUGUCUCGAGACGCUGUGCGCUUUGGGCGCAUCCCCAAACGAGAGAAGCAGCGGAUGCUUGCCGAGAUGCAGAGCGCCAUGAACCUGGCCAACAACCAGCUGAGCAACCAGUGCCCGUUGGAAACCUCGCCCGCCCAGCACCCGACCCCAGGCCCCAUGGGCCCCUCACCACCUCCCGCUCCGGCCCCCUCACCCUUGGUGGGCUUCUCCCAAUUCCCACAACAGCUGACGCCUCCCAGGUCCCCGAGUCCUGAGCCCACGGUGGAGGAUGUGAUAUCCCAGGUGGCCCGGGCCCACCGAGAAAUCUUCACCUAUGCCCAUGACAAGCUGGGCACCUCACCCGGCAACUUCAAUGCCAACCAUGCGUCCGGCAGCCCUCCGGCCACCACCCCACACUGCUGGGAGAGUCAGGGCUGCCCUCCUGUCCCCAAUGACAACAACGGCAUGGCUGCCCAGCAUCAUAAUGAGGCCCUGAAUGGUUUACGCCAGGCUUCCUCCUCCUACCCUCCCGCCUGGCCCCCUGGCCCUGCCCACCACAGCUGCCAGCAGCCCAACAGCAAUGGGCACCGUCUCUGCCCCACCCACGGGUACCCAGCCCCAGAAGGUGAAGCCCCUGCCAACAGUCCACGGCAGGGCAACUCCAAGAACGUUCUGCUGGCGUGUCCCAUGAACAUGUACCCACACGGACGCAGUGGAAGAACCGUGCAAGAGAUCUGGGAAGAUUUCUCCAUGAGCUUCACACCCGCUGUGCGGGAGGUGGUAGAGUUUGCCAAGCACAUCCCUGGCUUCCGUGAUCUUUCUCAGCAUGACCAGGUCACGUUGCUUAAGGCUGGCACCUUUGAGGUGUUGAUGGUGCGCUUUGCAUCGCUGUUCAACGUGAAGGACCAGACAGUGAUGUUCCUGAGCCGCACCACCUACAGCCUGCAGGAACUCGGAGCCAUGGGCAUGGGGGACCUGCUCAAUGCCAUGUUUGACUUCAGCGAGAAGCUCAACUCCCUGGCGCUUACCGAGGAGGAGCUGGGCCUCUUCACCGCGGUGGUGCUUGUCUCUGCAGACCGCUCGGGCAUGGAGAAUUCCGCUUCGGUGGAGCAGCUCCAGGAGACGCUGCUGCGGGCUCUUCGGGCUCUGGUGCUGAAGAACCGGCCCUCGGAGACUUCCCGCUUCACCAAGCUGCUGCUCAAGCUGCCGGACCUGCGGACCCUGAACAACAUGCAUUCCGAGAAGCUGCUGUCCUUCCGGGUGGACGCCCAGUGACCCGCCCGGCCGGCCUUCUGCCGCUGCCCCCUUGUACAGAAUCGAACUCUGCACUUCUCUCUCCUUUACGAGACGAAAAGGAAAAGCAAACCAGAAUCUUAUUUAUAUUGUUAUAAAAUAUUCCAAGAUGA